CAGGACUGCUACCACAUAAACUUGGACCUAUGAAACUGACGACCCAUCAUCAUACAUUCAUCCAGUACGUAGACUUAAACGACAUCGAGGAUAAAAUUAACUCACUACAAAUCCAACUUAAGAGCUACGAACAACGACUGACUAACGACACAUUCUUACUGUACGAGACUCAGAUCGACUAUUUAGGCAACAAACUCAACAAGGUACUUAAACAACUAAGGUCAUUAGAACCGAAUAGAGCUAAAAGAGGCAUUGUAGAUGGCCUAGGCUCAGUAAUAAAAAGCAUUACCGGUAACUUAGAUCAUACGGAUGCUGAGAAAUAUAAUAAAGUAAUUAAUAUUCUUAAAAGCAAUCAGGAUAAGGUUACAACUGAAUUCAAUAAUCAUAUUAGUCUUUGUAAGGAGUGGAUGUCUAAACACAAUGAUAUCCUAACUCAAUUAUUAGAUAAUCAGAAUAAGAUUAAUGCUACUAUCGAAACAAUAUUAAAUAGUGAUGCUUAUAAAGAAAACAGUCUUAUCAAGUAUGCGAAAUUUGCUCAGUUAUUGGUAAUUGUAAGUGAGAAUAUUGAGGAUUUAACUCAAGAAUUAAUUAGAUUAGAAAACUGUCUAGCUUUUAUACGUGCAUCUAGCACACAUCAUUCAAUGAUAGAUGUAGAUGUUUUAAAUUCAAUGAUAAGUAAACUUAAAGUUAUUUAUGGAACCGAUCGAAUAAUUAAUCUUGAACUAAGACAGUACUAUGAAAUAAUAAAACCUGGUUCAUAUUAUACAGAAAAUCAAAUAGUAUUCAUAUUUCAAUUCCCUAUUAUCUCCAAGGAUGUAUAUAAUCUAUAUCAUUUAUCAAUAGUUCCCAAUAAAAAUGCACAGGCCCUUAUCCCAACCUAUCCCUACAUAGCAACCAAUGAGAUCGCAUUCAUGUACAUAGAGACAGAAUGUCCGAAGCUAAACCACUGGUUCCUGUGUGAAAGCACUGCAAAUCAUCAGCUACGCACCAAGUCUGACUGCAUCCAGGAGCUGAUUGUUAACCAAAUCCUGAAGGAGACCUGUGAAUUUUCAACAAUUACACUCAAGAGAGAAGCCAUGGAGAAAUUGGACGACCAGCAUUAUGUCCUGUCGUUCCCACAUCCCACCAAGGUCCAGCUCAUCUGUUCAAGACAAGACUACAAUACGCUCCAGGGAAGCUAUCUCAUCACCAUCCCCGUUGGCUGCCACCUGAAAACUGCGGAAUUCACUAUAACAAACGACAAUGAUGAGGUAAAAGGACAGCCUCUCAAACUGACUGAGAUACCAUUUGAUGUAGAAGGACAAGUCAAGAUAUCAUCUCAUAUGAACUUAAACUCGAUCAACCUGCAAGAACUACAUAGUAUACAAGACAAAAUCAUGAUGCAGACUCCGAUCAAGAUCGACGACGCUCAGCUUCACACCCUGUACCACACGACUGUACCGUUUUACAUAGUACUAUUAAGUGCAGUUGCACUUAUCAUCGUCAUCUCAUGCCGGCGCUACAACAUUCUGAAAUGUAACAAGAAGCCUUCAAGAAAUGAACAACAGCCACCAAUCCAGAAAGAUCCAGAGGGCAUCCCGGCAACAUUUUCACUGAACGUGCUAAAAUAGUCGCCGUUCUCAGAGGGGAGGAAUUACGUAGCCGUACCCUUAGAAGAUCGCUGAGGUUGCAGCCGCGCGCUCUGUAUGAAAAUACCUAAGUGUCGAUAUUGCAAUUUGGCGCUGUGACGCAAAUCUAUUUCCUUUCAAUAUUGUUUAAUUUAAUUUGUCAUUCCAUAAUCCGACUUCGAUUAGGUUUCAUCUCUUAGAAAGUAAUUUCAUGUAAUUUUUUAUUUCUUUUAAUUAA